AGAACUCAGGAUUUACGCAGCUAAAACGGCUCUGCCAGGAGCUGACAGUCCCCACAGAGUCCCGGCCCAGCGUUUCGCGGGAGGGACCGGAAGAGGAAGUCGGGGCUGCACCCUAGAGGUCCGGGUGCCGCCAGCGCAGCCUGAGCCUAGCUGCCCGCCCGUGGGAUGGGGCUGCUGCACUCGCUGCACGCUCCCGCGGCUGCCCUGCUCUGGAGCUGCCUGCUCGGACUGGCAGCUGCUCAGGAAGCCAUCCUGCAUGCGUCUGCAAAUGGCGUGUCUUCAUUGUCCAAGGACUACUGCAUGUAUUAUAACAACAACUGGACACGGCUUCCAAGUUCCCUAGAAAAUGCAACUUCUCUGAGCUUGAUGAAUCUGACCGGCACACCACUGUGCCACCUUUCUGAUAUUCCUCCCGAUGGCAUAAAGAACAAGUCAGUGGUGGUGCACUGGGGACCCUGCCAUUUUCUUGAAAAAGCCAGAAUUGCACAGGAAGGUGGUGCUGCAGCAUUGCUGAUUGCCAACAACAGUGUCCUAAUUCCUUCUUCAAGGAACAAAUCUACAUUUCAAAAUGUGACUAUACUAAUUGCAGUUAUAACCCAAAAAGACUUUAAAGAUAUGAAAGAGACUCUUGGAGAUGAUAUUACCGUGAAAAUGUAUUCCCCAUCCUGGCCUAACUUUGACUAUACUCUGGUGGUUAUUUUUGUAAUUGCUGUGUUCACUGUGGCCUUAGGAGGAUACUGGAGUGGACUUAUUGAAUUGGAAAACAUGAAGUCAGUGGAAGACGCAGAAGAUAGAGAGACAAGAAAAAAGAAGGAAGAUUACUUAACAUUCAGUCCUCUCACGGUUGUCAUGUUUGUGGUCAUCUGCUGUGUAAUGAUUGUCUUACUGUAUUUCUUCUACAGGUGGCUUGUUUAUGUUAUGAUAGCAAUUUUCUGCAUAGCAUCAUCAAUGAGCCUGUACAACUGUCUUUCUGCAUUGAUUCAUAGGAUGCCAUGUGGACAGUGCACAAUUUUGUGUUGUGGCAAAAACAUUAAAGUGAGCCUGAUUUUCCUCUCUGGACUGUGCAUCUCAGUUGCUGUGGUGUGGGCUGUGUUUCGAAAUGAGGAUAGGUGGGCUUGGAUUUUACAGGAUAUCUUAGGAAUUGCUUUCUGUCUCAACUUAAUUAAAACAAUGAAGUUACCCAAUUUCAUGUCAUGUGUGAUACUGCUAGGCCUUCUCCUCAUCUACGAUGUGUUCUUUGUCUUCAUAACACCCUUCAUCACAAAGAAUGGUGAGAGCAUCAUGGUGGAACUUGCUGCUGGGCCUUUCGAGAAUGCUGAAAAGAAUGAUGGAAACUUUGUGGAAGCCACUGCUCUGCACACAGCUCCCCAUGAGAAAUUGCCAGUAGUUAUCAGGGUGCCAAAGCUGAUGGGUUACUCAGUCACGAGUGUGUGCUCCGUGCCUGUUUCAGUAUUGGGUUUCGGAGAUAUCAUUGUACCAGGCCUGUUGAUUGCAUAUUGUAGAAGAUUCGAUGUUCAGACUGGUUCCUCUAUAUACUAUAUUUCAUCCACAAUUGCCUAUGCUGUUGGCAUGAUAAUUACCUUUGUUGUCCUGAUGGUGAUGAAGACAGGACAGCCUGCUCUCCUCUACUUAGUACCUUGUACACUUAUUACUGUCUCAGUCGUUGCUUGGAGUCGUAAGGAAAUGAGAAAGUUCUGGAAAGGCAGCAGCUAUCAGGUGAUGGACCACCUGGACUAUUCAACAAAUGAAGAAAAUCCAGUGACGAGUGAUUAGCAGAUUGUACAACAGUAAUUACGUGCGUGGACUUACAAUGAUGUGUUAUUGAUUUUCUACAAAUAGAUUUUGGCCUUUUUUUCUUUUUUGCUCUUGGAGACAGAGUUAGGGCUGGAGUUCAGUCCUCCUGCCUCUGCCUCCCAAAGGUUUGGGACUAUAGCUAGACAAUACCAUGACCAGCAAGUUUUAAAUCAAAGUUUGAGUUGAAAAUUGGGAACAUUUACAGUGAUGUCUGCAAAUCUGUAUAUUUUUAUGAGUUGGUAAAAAUCCCAUCAUAUAUAGUGAAAAUACAUUUUCUUUUAAUUAUAUUAAAGUUGUGCCUUCGCAAUCAGCUAAAAACAUAGGGUUUGUGUAGUUUCCAAACAUAUUAUAUACAUUAUAUUUUUCUAAAAAAGAAAAAAAAGCUACCCUGACCUUCCUUUGUACUUUUCUUAAUGAAAUAUUUCUCCAAAUGCUAAGGAUAGAUCAUGUAUAAGUGUCAAAGCAAGUUUCUGAGUAUAUGCUUUUGUUAAAGAUUUAUGUAACUCUUAACCCCUCUACAGAAAUAAAUUCUUAAGACUGCAAGAAGGCAGUUCAUGUAUAUGGGUGUUUUGCCUGUAUGCAUCUGUCUGUAUACCACAUUUGUGCCUGGUGCCAAUGGAGACCAGAGGAAGGUGUUGGAUUCCCUGGGACUGGAGUUACAGAUGGAUGUCAGCUGCCUUUUGGGUUCUGGGAAUCAAACCUAGGUCCCCAGAAAGAGCAGCAAGUGCUCCUAACUGCUGAGCCAUCUCUUCAUCCUUGUCGUUUAAGCUUUUAAAAACUUGUAACCCUUUUUAAACCUGAGAACCUAAAUUCUUUCAUCUGCAUACACAUGCUAUUAGACUGUUUUUUAGGUAGAAGGAAACAGAUGUAGUCAUUAGAAGGACACCAGAACUGAAUCUAGUUUCUAUCAGUACAUGCUUUACUUGAAGAUACAUAUUAAACUUCAGUUUGGUUUUUUUCUGAUCUUUGUAAUCUGAUUCCAUUGGUUAGGUAAGAUUUCUUCCUUUAAAUGUUUUUCUUAUCUGACUACUGUAAGUUUAACUUAUUGUCUGCCUUGGCCAUCCUGACAAUCCCCACAUCAUCUUCACUCUGCUUUCCAGUCCUUGUAUAAGUGAGCUCUGCUAACUACAAGUGUACUUUGCUAGCUUGCAACCUGAAAAAAAAAAUUUUUCCUUCUGCCGGGUGUGGUGGCGCACGCCUUUAAUCC